AUGAGUGGUGGAGUUUAUGGCGGAGAUGAGGUCAGUGGAAUCGUUUUUGAUGCUGGCUCUCAUUCAUUUCGUAUUGGCUUUGCUGGAGAAGAAUUGCCAAACUUCGAUAUACCAUCGGUGGCUGGAAUCCAUGAAUACGAAACUAACGACGAGAAUUCGAUCAUGCGAAGAGAGAAAAAGGUUCACAUAGGAACUACGAAAAUGACUGUCCCUCGAUCGAAUUGUGAAAUGAAGAAUUUUAUGCACGAUGGAAUGAUCGACGAUUGGGAUCUUUUUGAACAAAUGCUCGACUUUGCCUACAAAGAUUGUCUUCGAACUGAAAGCCAAUAUCAUCCUGUACUAUUCUCAGAAAGCGCCUGGAACGAGAAAGCAAAGCGGGAAAAACUUACCGAGUUGAUGUUUGAAAAGUACAAUGUUCCCGCAUUCUUUGUCGUGAAAAAUGCAGUUUUGACAGCAUUUUCAAAUGGGCGUACUGCAGGAUUGGUCGUGGAUAGUGGAGCAACUCAAACAUCAGCUGUACCAGUCUUUGAUGGAUAUUGUGUAACUCAUGCCGUUGUUCGUAGUCCGAUUGGUGGGGAUCUCAUUUGUGAGCAGAUCGAGAAAAUGCUGGCUGAACAAAAAAUUGAUCUUGUGCCAACAUACAAGAUAAAGUCGAAGGAGGAGGUUAAUGAAAAUGAACCACCACGCUGGACAGAAAAGAAUGGUCUUCCCGAAGUCACGGAGAGUUACGAUAAAUACAUGCGAAAACAGAUUGUCGAAGAUCUUGCUCAGUCGAUACUUCAACUUUGUGAUUCACCUAUUGAUGUUGAAUCGGCGGAAAAGCUUCCAUCUUCCCCAUAUGGUUUUCCGAAUGGCUUCCACAAAGAAUUUUUGGCCGAACGCAUCAAGGUACCUGAAGGCCUUUUUGAUCUGAAAUACCUUCGUGAUGUGGACAAUUCCACGUUGAUGAACGUGAGCCAAAUUGCUUCGACGGCCUGUGGGAUGUGUGAUAUUGACAUCAGACCGAAUCUUUAUUCCAAUCUGCUCGUCACUGGCGGGAAUUCACUUAUUCUUGGAUUCACCGAACGCUUAAACCACGAUUUGGCACACAAAUGCCCACCGACUGUGAGACUGCGUUUAAGCGCUCCACCACCAGCAGAACGCCGCUUUGGACCAUGGAUCGGAGGAUCAAUUCUUGCCAGCGUGGGAACUUUCCAACAAAUGUGGAUAAGCAAGACAGAAUACGAGGAUGGUGGACGAGGAAUUGUUGAGAAGAAAUGCCCA